UGGGGGUUGUAGGUUCCCCUACGAUGGCGUGGCGACCCAUUCGUUCGUUCCAUACGCUUUAAUCGAAAGUCAGAUCGCCGCGGACUGCCGCGUCGUCACGCGGACGCUCGUCGCAUCUUUCCCCUAUCUCUUCUUUCCACAAUUUUGGCUGCAUAAAAUUAUCGAGAAAACUCAACGACAUGUACCCCGAAUAAAGAGAAACACAAAACGAACGAAUUUGGAAACCCCUCUCUAAUUUCUUUCAAUCGCAUUCGAACUUUGAUCGUCGUGGAAUAAUGAUCCAUCGUGUAGAGGAAAUGGAAACUCGAUAGACGAAACAAAAUAGGAUAAAACAAAGUAGAAAAUCUUUCGAACGCGAACGUCGAAUAUUGGGGAUACUAAUCGUUGAUCGAUAGCUCGCAAGAAAAAAAAGAGAGAAAAGAAAGGAAAAGGAGAAGAGAAGAGAAGAGAAGAGAAGAGAAGAGACGAGCGAAGGAUACCGAAAGAGAGGCGUCGGGUCGCGUCGCCUCGCCGACGGUUUGGAAGAGUUGGAAAAGCACGAAAAUCGGAAGUAGGAGUAAGACUGAAGAGGAAGCUCGAGGCGGAGGCGAGAAGAGCGAUUGGUGCGAACUCUUAGGCGAGUAGCGCGCGUAUCAACGGUAUAGUCCGGGGGCAUAUACCCAGGGUAUAUGCGUGGCGUAUUAAUAGACGUCGGUAGCUCGUUGGUGGGGGGGACGACGCUUGCUCGCGGGUGAAAAUAGAAAAGAAUGUUUUUGGAAUCCAAUUGGACUUGGUUGGCAGAACGAUGGGUCAAUAUGGCCGACUUGGCCGAGCGGGUGGACGAUCUGAUAUGCAGUUUCGACUCGGCUGGUGACACGACCAUGGAUACAUUGUCGAUGCUGAUAUUCGGUUGGAUGUUGUUCGGUCUCGUGGUGUUGUGCGUCGGCAAGUACGUUUACAACCGUUUUGUCCUAAACGAGCUCGGUACCUCUCGCACCGCGAAGGACGGCCAUGUCUUUCACGGCGAUAGUGUUGUGGUGACGAGUGGUGCUGCUGCUGCUGCUGGUGCUGGCGCCACCGGGGCCAAGUUCCUCGGUCAUCAGGAAAGAUCCACCAAAUUAUCGGCGUCGUCGGUCGGUGUUGCGUCGGGCUCGAGCUCGAAAACAUCGACUUCGACCGGUCCCAUCGGAGUAAGCGGUGCCGUGUUAGCUGCCGCUAAUACAGCCGCAUCUUUCGGGGGAGGUGGCAGCGGCGCGUCCUCGACUAUAGCCGCGGCACCCGUUGCAUCCUCGCCGUCUCCCUCCUCCCCUGGCUACGUCCCACCAACUCCGCCGGUCCGGAAACGACUGACGAGGAAGACUUCCGGUGCUCUUAUCACUCCUGCCAGGAGUUCGAGGGCCCUUCAUUUACCUACGGCGACCGGUGCCGACGCCGAAGCCGUCCGUUGGGUCAACGAACUGAUCGUCUGGUUGCACUCGGACCUUGUCAUCCUCAACGAACUUCUCGCCCUUUGGGUGGCUUCCUUGAACGACUUUACCGCCGGCUCCGUCGACGAGCAUGGAGUGGGCGUCGAAUUUGUUCGUGUUCUUCCGGAAACGCAUCCGCCGACUCUGUCAAAUAUUUUCUGCGAAUGCGACUCCAAAGACGACGUGACCAUAACGUGCGACUGCGAGGCAACGCCAGCCCUGCAGUUGAAAGCGUUUCGUCAAAGAGGCGACAAGUUGGAAUCUAGUCACUAUCGCGUCAACGUAAAUCGCUUCCGUGCUCGGCUCAACGUCGUUUGCAUCACCGAGAAACUUCUAAUCGAUCUGAAGUGCGACGGAUGGCCAGAGGUGAAGGUAUCCCUGGCACAGGUAGGAACGAUAAAGAAGGAUUUGGACGAGAGCCAACUACAGGAAGUAGUGACGGAAAUUGUGGUUGGUGCUUUGAGAGGUACGAACGUUCAUCUUAAUCUUUCGCAAUAUCCAACGUGUCCACGAUUAUGGAGAGAACCACCUACGCAACCUGGCUUCUCUUUGCCGGUACAUUACGACAGUAUGAGCGGCUCGAAUUCUAUGAUACACAAGGCAUCUCCUCAACGUCUUCACGCUCAGCGUCAUGCCACUUCCGCGGCGCAGCUGCAACAGCAGCAACAGCAAUAUCUGCCUGGCGAAAAGCGUUUGCUCGUAAAGGUCGUAAGAGCAACCGAACUUGGCGGGCAGCAUCCCUCGGUUGAACCGUAUUGCGUCGUCGAACUGGACGAACCACCGCAAAAGCAUCAAACGUCGAUCAAAAAGGAUACGGUCAAUCCGAUCUGGGACGAAGCUUUCUUGUUCGAUGUCAGUCACAACACGACGGAGGUACUACUGGAAGUUUACGACCACGUAAACAAGAGCCAAAAAUUCUUGGGUCUCGGAAUAGUAGGGGUCGAAGAACUUCUGGCAAAUCCUAGCCAGAGGCAGAUCAUACCGUUACAAGGUAGACCUUACGAGGAGGACGACGUAACAGGCACCCUCACGGUAGAGUUUCUCUUCAUCGAGGGUGCAGAGGUGCCACAGAUCGGAUCGAAGCCUUACAAAGUGAAGGAGACGAUAAAACCGAUGUCCCCGACUCGUACCUACAAUCCAGCGACCAAUCUCGUCAGCAGCAAUAGUCUUAAUUACAACAAUGGUAACAGCACUCUUAUCUUGUACGACAAUACCACUCUGUCAGACGGGGAUCCUUAUCUGACGAAUGGUAAUGUCGUCGACUCGCCAUAUAGAAGCGGUCAAACGAACGGUAACAAAGGGACUCUGAUCGUGCAUAGCCAGCAAAGGCAAGCAGAGCGACAAGUAGUAAAGGUAGCUCUGACGGAAAAUGGAAAUUGGCAAGAAAUUUCCCCUGAGCACGGAGCAAAGGAUACCAGCAUGACGUCAGGACCAGAGAGUACGCCAAAUUCCUCUAAUUCAGAAGAAAGAGGAAGAACGCGAAGAAAACGAAGAGAUUUCUUUGGCACGAUAAAAAAGCGUUUGAGUCGAUCAAAAACGAGAAGUAGAUCGGUGGGGCCGGAAGGUGAUAUUAAUCACGAGGACGCACAUUCGAGGUCAAUAUCCGCUGACAGAGCACGAGAUCCUGGAUCGGCACAUUUGUCGAUACCAGGAAGGGAAGAACAUUCGAGGAGAUCAAGUUUGAGCGAAGCGUCCGGUAUUAGCGGAACUUCUACGAGAACUUACGUCAACGAGGCCUCUACUCUCGUUUUAGAAACCUUAGAGAAUGGUAUCAAGAAACAUUAUUUGGUACCACUCUCGCUCGCACAAAAGAGCAAGUGGAGGAAAAAGGGUACGAAACUUCAUAUAUUCAACGAUCACACUUUCAUCGCCAAACACAUGCCAGGAGGUACAGUCUGCGAGGUCUGUAAACGAACGCUCGCUCGAAGAUUAGGCAAACAAGGAUACGAGUGUAGGGACUGUCAAAUGAAAUGUCACAAACACUGUCACGUUAAAGUAGACACAACGUGUCCUACGUCCACCAUACAGAGCAUCGAAUUGUCCCUACUGCCGGUACUGAGCGAAUAAUAAGAUAGAACCUACAUAAGGGUUCCUGAGUUCGUGAGGAAGUCGUCGAUACGUCUAUGCUGAUAUGGGAACCUCUACUACUUCGAUCUAAGUGGUCUUUUUAUUAUUAAUAAUUACAAGACGGUAGAAUGAAAGAGGAAGAAGAAGAAGAAGAAGAAGAAGCAGCAGAAGAGGAAGAAGGAAAAAAGAAAAAUAAAUAAAUUCAAAAAAGAGGGAAAACAAUGGAAAUCAAAGAAAAAAUAUUUUAAGCUUGUGGUCGAGUUUUAUGUACUUACUUACUUCGAAGAUUGAUUAGAUAAGCACCGUCGGUAAGAUAGAUAGUUUUUUUUUUUUUGUAAAGCAACAUUUUCAUUCACUUUCGGUAAAAAUCGCUUUGCUCUCACAAUCUUCGGCUUUGAGAGAAGCUCCGUUCGAUUUCCAAGCGAGAAGACGACGAUGACAACGACAACGAUCAAAAAAAAAAAAAAAAAGAAAGAAGAAGAAGAAGAAGAAAAAGAAUAUUCGCGUAUACGUGCGAAUGUAUGAUAAAGAUUAAUCAAAAUAAUGGAGUCAAAGAGAUAAGCGAGUUUAUGAAAACCGUCCUACCGCUCAACUUCUUCUAUUUAAGUUCUUAUCGAUUAUUUAAAUCCUGUAUUCGUUUUUGAUUUUUUUUUUUUUUUUUUAAGUACUGACUUGCGAUUUACACGUACGGAUAUCGUAGAGAAGACAGCAAAUUCUUUCAAUUUUUUUUCUUUUUUAUUUUUUAUUUUCUUUCUAUUAAAAUUUUUUUUUUUUUAUCGUAAGGAAAGAUGUUAUCCUCCUCGUACGCGCGAGGUCGAACGAUUGACUUAUAGAUUUUUACAUAUAGAAUUUUUCCGAAUCAACUGCACGAUUAAUGAAAAGCGGCACAUCUGUUCAUAUACAUGGUAUAUGUGUGGGUUAUAUAGAUAAGAUCUAGAUCGAAACGAACGAUGGAUGAUUAAUCGUAUCCCUUUUUAGACCGAUUAGUAAUUUCUUAUUGAAAUAAAGAUAUCGAUUCGAAGAUGACGGUAGAACUUAGUUAACAGUCGAAUUUUUUAUACAUCCGAAUAAAGCCAAAGACACACGCUCGUUAGCCUUAUAUAUAGUAUUUCUAGGAAUAAAUCCUCGAGCACGGGUAGCACAAAUAUUUCUACACCUACGCGUACACAUCGGACACGCACAUGAACACGGUCACAUGUAAGUAGGUAUGCCAUAAGGACGAAUCUAAAACGUGUUACAGGCACAUUAUUACCGUGUGGAUAACGAGAGAAAUACUAAUUAAUGAUCUGGCCUAAUUAAGGCUGAUAUAAGUAUGAUAAUAAUAAUAUUAAUAAUAAUAAUAAUAAUGAUAAUAAUAAUAAUGAUAAUAACGUUUCUAAUUAUAUAAGGGAAAGAUAUAUAUUACGGCUUUUACGUGCUCGAUCGUAAGGAACGUUUAAAUUCGACGAAAGUAAAACGAAACUCUAUGUAUGCAUAUAUAUACACUCGCAUAUACGUGUGUGUGUGUGUGUGUAUCGAGGAUGCGUCUAGUCUUCAUCUAUUUGUUUUUGUCUUUUGUUAUUUCUUAAGAGAAUAAUUAAGCCGUUUUAUUCCUUGAUCGCGUCGACAUCGAUUCGAUUAAUUGUAUUAUACAUUAUCAUUGUUUCAACACGGACGAGCCUUUUUGACAUUUUGUAAAAUUAAUUCGUGUAAAAGAAAAUUAGUGUAUAUACAAUGAUAUACGCGGUCUCUCUCUCUAUAUAUGUAUAUUCUUUUUCUUUUUCUUUCCCUUCGUAUACGAAACCUUUCGAAAUUCCGCACAUCCUUCGUUUAUUAUUCCAAUAUUGUUUCAUCGUUUUGUCCAUUAUAAUAAAAAGAGUGUGUGUGAGAGAGAGAGAGAGAUUGUUUUUCGACUAGCAACUAGCGAGCAUUUGAUACCACCAUUUUAAAGGAAACGCAGAUGUUGGAUUAACGUUGAUGGAUGAUCGAACCAAACGAAAACGGAAAAUACACGCACACGAAUACAUGCACAAUGCAAGCACAGGAGAAAAAUAAUUUGAAAUUUUUAACUUAGAGGCUGUGAAUGAUGAAUCCAUGGUGGGAAGGCUGCUAAGGUACAAUAUAGAAAACGAUUGCCUUUAUAAUUAUCGAGAUGAAAAUGUGAAACGCUUUACGAGCAAACUCGUAUUUCUUGGCCGGCUCAAGGGACGAGAAGGCAAUAGAGAAAAGAAGAAAAAACAAAGAAAAUAAAAUAAACCCCAGAAAUACUCGCUCAGAAUAAUUUUAAACGAUGAAACGUCAACGAUCGAUGCUUUUAUUUAUGUAUAUCCUUGUUAUAUACACGAUAAUAAUCGAACGGCACGUUUUUAAUCUCGAUCUCCAUAUCGAUCGUCUUAUCGUACUUGACUUACUUACCUACGUGUCUCUAAUUUUGUUAGUUUUCUUCGGAUGCUCGAAACGGCAUUGUCGAAAACGAACGAUCAUGACAACUAUUUAUUAACGAACAAACGAAACGAGAGAAAUCAGGCCGAAAUUGAAGAAGCGAGAAGAACUUUUGAACGACGAGUUCGAAUAAUAUUACGAUAGUGCCUACAAUUAAUAUUACUGUUACAUGAUAAUAUUGUACGUUUGUCAUAUAGAUGCUUUAUUUAUAGAAAGUAUUUCCAAUUGUUCUUGCAUAGCUUUUAUCGUCGAUCGUCGGAUAAGCAAGUACGCAAACGCCGUGCACGAGGCGAAAGAGAUUAGUGUGACGAUGUCGAUCAUUAUGCAUUGCCCGUUUAUAAUAAUAACAAUUAUAGUAAUAAUAAUAGAAAUAAUAAUAAUAAUAACGAUUAUGAGGAUGAAGAUGAUGAUGGAGAUGAUAAUAACGACGACGACGACGACGACGACGACGACGACGACGACGACGACGACGACGACAAUGACGAUGAUAAUAAUAAUUGCAUGUUAUUAUUAUUAUUAUUGUUGUUGCUAUUAUUAUUAUUAUUAUUAUUAUUAUUAUUAUUCUCGCAAUAAUGGGAUAAAGGAAUAUUCUGUAACGUUAAGAAAGAAUAAUAUACGAUGAUCUUACAUACCGUUGAAA